CUCAACUUAAAGCUUCUCUUCAAAUAAAGAACUCGAUCAGCAAUUUUUGUGAAGUAAGAUUUUCAAUAGUGUGUGUUCUUCUACAGUAUACAGUUCAUACAAUAGUUUCUAAUAUUUCGAUCUUUACUUUUUUAAAUAAUUCCCUAGAAAAAUACUCGAUCCAAUUUAAACAUGAACCAGGAUCAAGCUUUUAGCCCACUACCCCCGUUCAAUACUACUUAUCCGGACUCCAAUAACUACAACAUCUCGCUGCAACAGAACCUUACUUCCGAAAAUACUCUUCACGUGACAACUACGGAUGCCGUUCAUCCUAGUACGCAAACUCCUCAACUUACCACUAUACCUCUUCAUCCUACCACCUUUUUUUUCCGUCCACCGAAUGAUUUUUGUCAUUAUUACGUUAAUUGUAAGGAAAUCUGUUACGAUACCGUUACAUACUUAUUAAACAAGCCACCAAAAGAACAUAACGUUCAAUCUAACGAAAAUGAAUGUAUUUUCUACUAUCGGCAACAAAUUGAUACCAGGUUUUAUCAGGUACUAUGCGAAAUCGUUUCACCUCUUUUGAUCAAUAGUUAUUUGAAUAAAAAUAUUCUCGGAAUUGAUUUACAAAAUUCGGAACAUGAGAACCUAACAUUUACCAUCAAUCAAAAAGAUAAUCUUGAAUAUCAUUUGAAGCAAUAUUUAAGCCUUUACUUACUUAACUAGAUUAGAAAUUUUCGUUUCGUAUUUAAAUUUACCCGGAUUAUAAUUUUUAAGGAAUAUUAUCGUUUGUCAUAUUUAUC